GACAUUUGCAGCUGUCAGCAACAAACCCUGGUUCAUCACCAUGCAUUGAAUGGCGUGUAAUCAACGUUCCAAUCACAGCACUCUCCCUCUGUUGGUGUGCGUGACAAGCCCCAUGGAUGAUAAGUAGAAAUAAAACUCAGAAGCAGCCAAAGAAGAGUGAAAUACGGGGGGUUUGACCAAAACUUGUUAUCAUCCAUAUCUUUCUCUACCUUAAAAACCAAAACCUAGGCAAGAAAGUAUAUCGAUCUAGAACAAAAAAGAUUCAUUUAUAGACAGAAAAUGAAGAUUAGUUUAGAGCUUGCCUGUCUAGUUUUCUUAUCUGCCCUCUCCUUUGCCUUAGCUGCCUCACCUGCCGCUGCCACCAACACAUCUGCAAAAUGUCCAAUGGACCUCAACUAUGUAACAAGAAUCCCAUGGAACUCAUCUCUUUGUCGCAACUUCCACCCCAACUCAACCUCAAAAGCUGAAAAUGCAAAACAGAACUGUUGCGUGUCUCUAUUAUCAGUCUUUGGUAUUGGACUUGCUCAACAUCUUAAAGAAACCUCUCUCUUUCAGCUACCAAAUUUACCCACUUCUAUUUCUUGCCUCCAAGAUUACCAGUCAAAGCUCAACUCUCUUUCUCUUCCUAGUAAUCUUGUUUCUCUUUGUUUUGAUCCUGUCCAGUUUGUGAUUACACCUGACCUUUGUGCCAACAUAGAAACAACCCAAGAUUGGGUUGCCAAGCUAGGGGAGUCCACUGCACUUGACCAGGGCUGCCGGUCUGAUCUCAGCGAUCUUACUACUUGUGAUACUUGUCUUCGUGCUGCUAACGUAGUUGAUGAUAAGUUGGUCUCUAUUGCUGGUAAUCAAACUCACAGUACUGAUUGUUUUUAUUUUACUGUUCUUUAUGCUGUUGGAAUUGUUAAUGAGCUUGGACCUGAAAGUAAUGGGGUUAUGGCAUGUGCUUUUGCAUUAACUUUGAAUGAACAAUCUAGUUCAGCCAGUAAAGGACAUUCAGUCCUUGUUUUUGGCUUCACUGGAGCUGGGGUUGCAGUUUUUGUUACGUUUAGUUUACUGGGUUUGUACUUUUUGUAUGAAAAAAGAUUUACAAAGAAAAAUGUUGGUGGCUCUGAUUCUAAUUUUGAUGAUUUAAAGGAGCUAGGGUCUAGGCCAAAUUUGAGGCCCAAUACGUGUUCAAUUUGGUUCAAACUUCAUGAUCUUGAGAAGGCGACUGAUAAUUUUUCACAGAAAAAUUUUAUAGGGAGAGGGGGUUUUGGUUUUGUUUACAGAGGGGUUUUACCAGAUGGGACAGUGGUCGCUGUUAAGAGGAUUUUAGAAUCAGAGUUUCAGGGAGAUGAAGAGUUUUGCAAUGAGGUUGAGAUUAUUAGCAACUUGAAGCAUAGGAAUCUUGUGCCUCUUAGAGGGUGCUGUAUGAUCGAUGGUGAUGAGAAGGGGAGUGAAAGAUAUCUUGUCUACGAUUAUAUGCCAAAUGGAAAUCUUGAUGGCCAUUUGUUCCCAUCACAAAUGGGAAGUAAACAAUUGAGUUGGCCUCAGAGGAAGAACAUAAUUUUGGAUGUGGCAAAGGGGUUAGCUUAUUUGCACUAUGGAGUGAAGCCUGCUAUAUAUCAUAGAGAUAUUAAGGGUACGAAUAUAUUGCUUGACGCUGACAUGAGAGCAAGGGUGGCAGAUUUUGGGUUGGCUAAGCAAAGCAGAGAAGGUCAGUCUCACCUCACUACUAGAGUGGCUGGAACUCAUGGGUACUUGGCUCCUGAAUAUGCUCUUUAUGGGCAGCUGACUGAGAAGAGUGAUGUUUAUAGUUUUGGCGUGGUUGUUUUGGAGAUAAUGUGUGGGAGAAAAGCUCUUGAUUUGUCUUCAUCAGGCUUACCACGUGCAUUUUUGAUAACAGAUUGGGCUUGGUCACUGAUGAAGGCAGGAAAGAUAGAGGAGGCUUUGGAUCGUUUCUUGAUUAAUAAUGGGGAUUCUGUGAAUUCAAAUCCAAAGGCUAUAAUGGAGAGAUUUGUGCAGGUUGGGAUAUUGUGUGCUCAUGUAAUGGUAGCUUUAAGGCCUACCAUUUUGGAUGCACUGAAAAUGUUAGAAGGUGAUAUUGAAGUUCCCCCAAUUCCAGAUCGACCAAUGCCUCUUGGGCACCAUUCCUGUUAUGGUGAUGGCAAUGCUUUCAGCAUCUCACCAGCAUUAAGUAGGCCACAACUGCAUACAGGAGACAUGCUCAGGUAAUCUGGAAUGUUUGUAGUUUUCAUCACUAUUUGUAGUUGAGUAAAUGAAUGUGGAGUAGAAGAAGACUCGUUUGACUAGGAUUCUUCCUUAUAGUCAUAGAAUUGCAAUGCUACUAAGGCUGUGUAAGAAAAGUUGGGAUGAAUUUAAAGACACAUUGAUAUACAUGAAGAUAUGAAGAUCUGUGUAUUAGAUUAGUGUAUCUAGUCAUCACUCAUCAGCUUCCACAAAGCAAGCAUUGCCAAGAAGAUUGGGAUGGCCGGAGAAUCCGGAAAUUUGCUCUUACCGACCGAAGUUUUUCAGUUCCCUUUUGGGUAAAACAAAGAAUCACAUUCAAGUUUCUGCAUGAUCAUGAAAUAUCAAGCUGCAGCUGGUGUCUUACUUCACUUGGGUGCAUUGAAAUGUAAAUAUACAGUAUUUCUCUUCUUUCUCCAAAACCGGGCACAUCCUGCUCGUUUUGAUUUUUAACCCCUUUUUUAAUGAUAAUUUGGACUUGAAAAGCCAUUUAUCAUUGUGGUGAUGCAGAAGCUUGACGGCUAUAUACUCUGCAGGUUAGCAGGUUCUCAAUGCGCAAAGAUUUCAAACGUUCCAGUCUUUUUGUCAUGCGCAUAGGAUUGUAUAGUCCUUGUAUACUACCUCCAGCUUGUAGCCUUGUACUGGUUUCUGUCAUAUUAUAUAGUGAAUUUGGGUUUAUUUCAGUUUAUGAAAGUCCAAUUUGACUCGACAAAUUUAGAUAUGUUGGAGUUGCUGUAGAAAACUAGUGUUAUAAACGAUGAGAACUGCUCAAAUAACGUUCGCAAUU